AUGAGGAGGUGCAGGGCCUUACCCUCAGCGCUGCUACUGUCCCUCAUCAGCAGGGGUGAUGGCCUGGUGCCACCGUUCUGUCCUCGCUUGGUGGUGGCAUCUCCAUGUGACAUCACUAUCCUUCCUUUUCCUCUGGAGCAGCAGGAGCUCCCGGUCCGUGGGAACCUCUCGGCGCCAGCCCCAGCCGUGCCCACCGCCCUGCACACCAAGAUGGAUGAGCUAGAAGGCCAGCUCCUGGCAAAGGUACUGGCGCUGGAGAAGGAACGCGCUGCCCUCAGUCAUGGCAGCCACCAGCAGCGACAGGAAGUGGAGAAGGAGCUGGAUGCCCUGCAGGGUCGAGUGGCAGAGCUGGAGCAUGGGUCCUCGGCCUACAGUCCCCCUGAUGCCUUCAGGGUCAGCAUUCCCAUCCGCAAUAACUAUAUGUAUGCCCGUGUUCGCAAGGCACUGCCGGAACUCUAUGCCUUCACCGCCUGCAUGUGGCUGCGCUCCAGGUCGGGUGGCUCCGGCCAGGGUACCCCCUUCUCCUACUCAGUGCCUGGGCAAGCCAAUGAGAUCGUGCUGCUGGAGGCCGGCCUUGAGCCAAUGGAACUACUGAUCAACGACAAGGUGGCCCAGCUGCCUCUGAGCCUGAAGGACAACAAUUGGCACCACAUCUGCAUUGUCUGGACUACCAGGGAUGGGCUGUGGUCUGCAUACCAGGAUGGUGAACUUCGGGGCUCUGGUGAGAACCUGGCAGCCUGGCACCCUAUCAAGCCACAUGGUAUCCUUAUCCUGGGCCAAGAACAGGAUACUCUGGGGGGCCGAUUUGAUGCCACCCAGGCCUUCGUCGGUGACAUUGCACAGUUCAACCUGUGGGACCACGUCCUGACACCUGCCCAGGUCCUAGGCAUGGCCAACUGCACUGGACCACUGAUGGGCAAUGUCCUCCCCUGGGAAGAUAAGCUGGUGGAAACCUUCGGAGGUGCAAAGAAGUCCACCUUUGAUGUCUGCAAGGGGAGGGCCAAGGCAUGAGGAGCCACCUUGUUCAGAACCCCUCCCUUGCCUGUCACUUUGGGGACCUUGAAGGGGCACUGCCCUUCUCAGCCUGUUCAUGUGCUGACCUUCCUACCACACUCCCGUCCAUACCUCCCAUUCCCCAUCACAGGCACCCACACCUCCAGAAUGCCCUGCCCUGGACGGAUGUCCCCUCAGCUGCCUGGGUAGGGACCAGUGUCUCCAGUCAACUACUCCAACCUAGGGGAGUUGUCUUGGCAAUGUAUUGGCUUGGUCUCUCUCCUUAAACACUCUGUCCCCCCACCAGUCACAUCAGACUGAUCUAAUUCCAACAUUCCCCAAGGAGAUGUGGGUAGAGGUGGCCUUUGACCCUCUCAUCCCCUGUGCUUCAGGCCUACACAGGCUGUAGAAGGGAUGCCAGUCAUGUAUGAGAUCAGACCCUCCUCAUCUGUCUUCCUCAGUUGCCCACAGGGGCUACAGGAUCAUCGUUCCCAUUGCCCAUCUCCUGCUCCCUCCUGGCCCCAGUUUCUUUGUGUAUUGUGGUUAGAAUGUUGGUUUGUUCCCUUCCAGGAUGUUCCCUUCCCUGCCCCCACCUAACAGCUAGGGACCAAGACCUUGGAGGCCAAAGGGCUGUAAUCACUCCCCUACCCACUGGCAACUUUGCCCACCAGCAUGGUUGACCUCCCCACCCCCAUGCCCAAGACAGGACCUGGGUCACUCUAGCCUAGCCUGAUAGCAUCCAAAGCAGAGGCACCAUGUCCUAGGAGACAUUUUCCUGCCAGAGCCCUGUGGCUUAGCCACGGUAUCAACUCCUUUUGCAUGGCCCUGGAAAGGCUGGAGGAUACUGAGAGAGAGGACAGAGCACUGAGUGAGAGAGAGGACCCCUUGUUUCAUACUCAGUCCUGCUGCUGACUUGCUGUGUGGCCUUCUGUAAGAACCCUUUCUGGGCCUGGCUUUCCUCCUUUGUGAGCUGAGGCCAUACUAUUGGCUGCUUCUGAGAAUGCCCCACUUAGGACAUGAGAUGAACCAUGAUACCUUGUGCACAGAGCAGGCAAAGACAGCACUGAAGGCCCAGUGACUUAGCACAGAAGGUUCUGGAACUGAAUAGCAGAUGUAAUCGGGUGGGCAGGGGUUAGGGUCACAGCUAGCUCAAAGGGUCAGUGUCAAGGACAAGGCUCAAGGCAGACCAGACACCAGUAAGUUUUAGCUCUCAUUGGAUCCUUCACCCUUGCUUUUCUGAGAGUAUCUCAGCUAGUGGCUACCUGGUCCCUGCCUGUGAGUUCUUACCAGCUCCCCCAGGAGCACAGAAGAAUGUCAGUGCUGAGAAAGGCCACCCAUUGCAAGCUCUUGCUUGUGGGAAAUGGGGAAGAUCACAGAGAGGGCAAUGAAUUGCCCAGGAUCACACAGCACAACAUGGUGGGCCUAGUGCUUCUGAAUCCCUCCUCAGUGCUCUUCUGCAUACCAUGCUGCCUGUCCUGGAGGGUCUUUGAGCCCAGCUUAUACCUGUGCAGGGAGGCAUUUGAGAGGGCACAGUGUGAGACAUCCAACCUCAGGCUGUGAGGGAAGAGCCAGGACAGAUAGAUGGCUGAGGAUGCAGUGCCCUCCUGGUCCUCUCCCAAGUCCCGCCACAGUCGCAGCUGGCUGAAUCAGUGGGCACUGGUGCCCCCACCUCUGUCCUCGACAGCUUUUGUCCCUGUCUGUGCUCCCAAUGGCCAUUCAGCCUGAGACAUGACGCAGGAACGGGAGUUUGCAGCCCAUGCCAGGGAAGCCUGUCCAAGGCUUGCCUCUGGCCUGCAGAUCUCUCUCUGUUUCCAUUUUUAGAGCAACUACACAUCUCAGCACCUCCAUUCCCAUCUCCUGAAGAUAGUUGUAGUGGCUUCACCCAGACCUGCUGAAAGUCAGGUUGCCCAGUAACAGCCAAUGAUAUCAGCUCUGGUGCUGGGUCAAGUGUCUGUCGUUCAAGUUGUUGCUGGGUGAUAGCUAGAUGCAGAACUUAGACCUCAGGGACUCUGAGCCUCGUCAGGCUUUUGCUGUUGUUCUAGAAGAGGUAGCUUUAGAGGAGGCCUUGGGAGGAUAGAGUCUUAGGAGGGAUAGGGCAGAAACUGCUGGGUCAUUUGAACCCACCAGACACACCAUCCUGAUCCUUUCUGCUUUGUCCCAGUGGUGAUGAGAAAUGACACCUCUGCCACAUUCCCAUGCCAGGUCACCCUGGUUAAACUCCAGCCACCUCCCCCCAGGAGAAAGAAAUGGAGACAUUGGGGCAUGUCUCUGAGUGUGGCUCACUAGGGAAAGGACUGGCUCUCUAUUUCCAGAGUCCUCACCUGUUCUCAUCUAUUGUGCUGUGAAUAUUCCCUGAGCAUGUGGACCCCUGUUUUGAUGCCUUCUGCUGCUCCCAACAGGACAGCUGAAACCCUGAGUUGCCCCUGGGUCUGAUGAAGAUGGAGCUGGGUUUGUAGGCAGCCUUAGACACUGCAACUACAGAGCGCUCUGUCUGCACUGUCUGGUUUGUCCUCACAGCACAGUAUAAAGAGGUAGGACUGUUCUUAGCCUGUAAUGCAGGAGAGAAGGACAGGGCUCUGAGAGGGUGGAGUAACUUGCCCAGUAUCAAUUGGCCAACUGGUGACAGUGCUAUUUCUAUUUGGAGGCAGGUUACAUGCCUGGAGGAUGGGGCCACCUUCUUCAGAGUGCAGAAGGAGCAGAGAUGGGGUGUAGGGCUCAGAGCCAGUGAAGGAUCUCUCACCUAUGCUCAAGCCUCAGCCUCUACCUGGGCUGCAGUUUGCAGGGCAGGAAAGGAGUGUCUCUGAAGUGAAGGCAGGAAGACAGGGCAGAGGUGGCGGCUCCUCAGCCUCCUGCUCUGGACAAGGCCUAUGCCAGGUGCUCUAAGCUGAUCUCUGCCAGAUCCCCACCUCUGAAGCAUGUGGUGGCCUCUCUCACAUCCCAAGGCAACAUCUUGCCAGUUAUACAUGAAUGGGGACCACAGACAUGAGCAUCUGUGGGAGGGAACUCAACCCUUGGCUUGCAGAUGGGGAAGCUAAGGCCUGGCCAGGGAGCUCAAAUGACCCUUGAGGCUCCUCUGACUGUGCCUUGUCUUCUCCACUUUUCCCCCAAACUGGGUCCCACCUACCUGCAAGUCCCAGCACCUUUGGCCUGAGAAAACUGGAGAAGUAUCUUCUCCCAGAUAAGGGUCUCCCCUCUCCACCCCUUAGCUCCAGCUGCCUGCCACCCCAGGUCCCACCUCCCAGCCUACCCCCUGCCCCUGCUGGGUAAGGAACUGGCUCCUUCCCAGACUGAGCAGCCAGCAGUGCGCAUGUGAAAUUGUUGUCAUUGUCCUGGGACACUGUGAAAUGAGUGCCCUCCACUGCCCUCCCCCUUCACUUGGCUCUAUUUUGUAUAUAAGUAACAUGAGAUAUUUUGUGUGUGUGUGUGUGUGUGUGUUUGAUCUGUGUCAUGGUUUUGUUACCAUUUUUGUUUUUGUAAAUUUGAAUGUUCAAAAUAAACAUGGUUUACUCGGA